GCACAACUUAUUUAAUAAAAAUAAAAGAUACAUGUACUUUAUUAUUGGACCAAAUACCUAAUUUUAUUAAAUUUUAAGAGUUUGUAACUGAGAGAUUCGUUAAAGUAUAAAGAAUAAAUUGUAAUAAUUAAGUAUUUGUCUAAUAUUAUUCUUAAAAGGAUGGUAUAAAUCUACACCUCACCCCCCCAAUCUCUGAUUCCAUGCCCCGAGAACCAUUUUGCUUCUUAUUUUGGCACUACCAAACUGAGAGAAACUGUGACUCGAGCGAUGCAAGAACAACUGGUCAUUAUCGUCGGAGCCGGCCCCUCUGGCCUGGCUACAGCGGCUUGCCUUAAUCUUCACUCAAUCCCUUACGUGAUCCUAGAAAGAGAAGAUUGUUUUGCUUCUCUUUGGAAGAAAUAUGCCUAUGAUCGUCUCCACCUUCACUUAGAUAAGCAAUUCUGUGUGCUUCCUCAUCUUCCAUUUCCCGUCUCUUAUCCAAGAUUUAUCUCAAAAGAACAAUUCGUAAGCUACUUGGAUGAUUACGUUUCUCAUUUUAAGAUCAGUCCUUUGUACCGGAGAUGCGUUGAGUUGGCCAAGUUCGAUGAAUCAAGCAAGAAAUGGAUUGUUAAGGGCAGGAACUUGGAUUCUGGUGAGAUUGAGGAGUUCACAGGGAGAUUUUUGGUGGUGGCUAGUGGAGAAACAAGCAACCCUUACACACCUGAGAUCGCAGGAUUAAAUACUUUCCCUGGAGAUGUUAUCCAUUCAACCCAGUUCAGAAAUGGGAAGGCCUUUAGAGACCAGAAUGUUUUGGUUGUUGGGUCUGGCAAUUCUGGCAUGGAGAUCGCACUGGACCUGGCAAAUCACGGUGCCAAAACAUCCAUUGUUGUUCGCAGCCCGGUUCACAUUCUUUCGAGGGAGAUUGUGUACGUGGGGUUAAUUCUGUUAAAAUAUAUACCACUUAACGUGGUGGACUCGUUCAUGGUCAUGCUUAGCAAGCUUGUUUACGGGGACUUGACCAAGUACGGAAUCACAAGGCCUAAGGAGGGGCCAUUUUUCAUGAAAGUGGCCUAUGGCAAGUACCCUGUUUUUGAUGUAGGAACCUUUAACAAGAUCAAGUCUCGGGAGAUUCAGGUGUUGCCAGCUAUAUCGAGUAUAAGAGGCAAUGAGGUGGUGUUUCAGAGCGGCAAAACACAUCCCUUUGACGCAAUUGUCUUCUGCACUGGCUUCAAGCGGUCCACAAAUAUCUGGCUUAAGGGAGAUGAGUACCUGCUGAACGAUGAUGGAAUUCCGAAACCGAGUUUCCCGAACCAUUGGAAGGGAAAGAAUGGCUUGUACUGCGCUGGAUUGUCGAGAAGAGGAUUGUAUGGGGCAAGUGCUGAUGCAAACAACAUAGCCAGUGAUAUCAAAUCACUUCUGUAAUGAAACGUUUCCUUUGAACAAGGAAUUAUUAUACUAUAGUUAAUUCAUAUGUAACCUUUGAAAUUUUCUUUCUCAUGAGGUUGCACUCAACCAGCUUUUCCUCAAAUAACUGUCAUGGCAUUGGGAAAAAAAAUUGUUUGUUACAACUUUUAUAGCUACAAAA